AUGACUUUCAAAACAACUUUAAACAAGGAACUUGAGAAGUAUCACUUAAUUCUUGGAUCAACUUCUCCGAGGAGGAGGCAAAUACUUGCGGAAAAUUUCGGAAUCACUAAUUUUGCAACCAUAGCAUCCAACUUUCCAGAAGAUUUGGCAAAAAGCAAUGUAACUCCAUUGGCGUAUGUGCUGCUAACAAGUUCUAAAAAGGCAGAAGCGAUAUACGACACACAUCGCAACACACUUGAAGAAAAGACAUUGAUCCUCACUUGCGAUACUAUCGUCACUAGUAAUGGAAAGAUAUUUGAAAAGCCAAUGACAAAGUCGGAGCAGGCCAAGUUCUUUGAGUAUUUUAGAGCACAUGGAGAUGUUGAGGUCAUUUCGGCAAUAACUGUGUUCAAAGUUGAGAAUGGAAAGGUUUCAGAGUAUAGAGAUCAUGCAAUCACCAAGCUAUCGUUCAGGACGGAUAACGAUGACAUUGUCAAUGCGUAUAUUGAGAGCGGUGAAGGAUUGGAGGUUGCUGGUGGAUUCAAGUAUCAACAACUAGGCUGUUUAUUAUUUGAUUCGAUCUCUGGUGAUUACUACAACGUUGUUGGGUUACCUACAAACACCUACACUCUUUUGUGUAAGGCUGUCAAGUAG